AUGUCGAGACCGAUGACUCCCAUUUCACCUAUUCACGGCUCCCUGCCGGGCAUUCCGGAUCCUUCAGUACACUCUCUCCGGCCAACGAGCGCCCGACCAUCUUCCCGACCCGUUUCCUACGUCGGCACACACCACACCGGGGCUAUAUCACACCUCGAUCAAUCCCAAGGCGCCCCGCAGGAGAUAUCGGCCCUGUCGCAGGCUGCCGAAUUGCGCGAUGAAGUCGCGGGCACGAGCCAUGAGACUCCAGAGCUUCCUCGAACGGAUUCGCACAUGUCACAAGGGUCGCAAACAUUACUUCCCUCCAGGGGCGGCACAUUAAAGAAGAAAGGGUCUCUGCACAAGAGCGCAAGUUUGAAAAGAACUCCCAGCAAAAGAAGCAGCUAUGCUGGAUCAGUACGAAGCUUGCAACUGGGGGAGAAGGAAAAGUACGGUGAAACUGAAGAAACCAACAGCGCCUUCUAUUGUCCGGUUCCCACCUCUGGAAGUCCGACCGAACUCCUCGCCAAUCGAUUCCAGGCCUGGCGCAAAGUGCUGAAGGACCUAAUCAAUUAUUUCCGUGACCUCCACAAAACGUACGAAACUCGCUCCAAAGCUCUCCUAUCAACGUCGAACGUUAUCAACAAUACGACGAUUCCUUCCAACUUUCUGACCUCGGGUGGAAUCGGUGACGCUGCGUCGAUCCUACGAGAUUUCCACAAACAGGCUCUCAAUGAAGCCAAUAAAGCUCGAGAUCUGGAAAACGAAGUCAUUAUCCAGCUGACCGGUCUUCGUAGCGACCUGCAGCAAAAGAUCAAAGAGAUCAAGAGCUUGUCUGGUGAUUUUAAGAAUUCGGUAGACAAGGAACAAGAAGCCACGAGAAAGGCGGUUCGAUCCCUCCAAGAAUCACUCGGCAUGGUCGAUCAUGAUGCAGCAGCCACCAGUGGAAAAGGCGAUCCUUUCCUGGUCAAGGUCGCGGUCGACAAGCAAAUAGAAAAGCAGAUUGACGAGGAGAACUAUCUACACCGGGCUUACCUCAACCUGGAGGCUUCUGGCCGCGAACUCGAGUCCAUUGUUGUUGGAGAGAUUCAGAAAGCAUACAAUGUGCUUGCCGGAUUCCUCCGUCGUGAAGCAGAUGACGCCUAUGAUACGGUCGAGAAGCUCAGGGACGGCCCGCUCGCAAUGGCGAAGGAUCACGAAUGGGAGGAAUUCACCACCAACAACAGCCAGAUGGUUGAUCCGAGAAAUCCAAUCAGACAGGCUUCCCAUAUCGUCUAUCCUGGCAAGGAUCACCCGGCAGCCAUUGAAGUCCGCAGUGGCAUGCUGGAGCGAAAGAGUAAAUAUUUGAAAAAUUAUACGCCGGGUUGGUACAUUCUUUCUCCCACGCAUCUCCACGAAUUUAAAUCGGCCGAUCGUAUCGCAUUUCAGUCGCCCGUCAUGUCGUUGUACCUCCCGGAGCAGAAACUAGGACCUCAUUCCGAGUUCGGCUCCUCUUCCCACAAGUUCAUGCUCAAAGGUCGACAAACUGGAUCCAUGCAUCGUGGACAUGCUUGGGUAUUCCGUGCCGAAUCCCAUGAUACCAUGUUGGCAUGGUUCAAUGACAUCAAAGAACUGACCGAGAAACGAGGGGAAGAAAGAAAUGAUUUCGUUCGACGACAACAUGCUCGAUCACUCUCUGGAGGCAGUUUCAAACCCGCAAGCAUCAUCAGCUCCGACGGCGCACUAGAAGAAGAUGAGGCGGACAAAGUCGCGUUUUCUGGUGAACAGUCUGUCCGAGGCAAUUCGGUGGCUGACGGAGCUGUAAUGGUGGGCGCCGGCGGGUUAGGAGCUGCCGCCAUGAACGAUAUCGAGGACAACAGAUCCGAAGCUGGAUGGCGUCCUCCACAACGACCAGCACCAGGUGGGCGAUUUCCAUCGGAUGUCAACGUACAGCGAGGCUUACAAGCUCCGCUUUCCCCUUCUAGUGGAGAGAGUUCUGACCGAGACCGGGACAUUAUAGCAGCCGCAGGUUCCCUACCUGGAAGUGGGGUGCCUUUCUCACGUGCGACCGAAAAACAUACGGAACUACAGAAUGCCAUCUCUCAACCUCCUGGAAUGACUUCUGGCAUGCAGUCAACCACUCAAUCCGCUCCUGGUCACCAUCCAAAUAUCCUUCCCUCGCGCGCCGCUCCCACUUCUCACGAUUCAGGUAGUCAAUAUGGUGAGUGGUUGGCGCCGAUUGCUGCAGGCGCCGGAGGAGCUGCACUGGGAGCUGGCGCGAUGCAUCAUCAUAACCACCCGCAACAGCAACAACCAAUGGCUGACACGGUCCGACGCCAAAUGGAUGGCGAGCCAGCAAUACCAAAGCAGGGCGAAUCAUCUGCACCGAUCCCUGUUGCAACAACUGCCACCAUUACUGCACCCACUGGUCCGCGCGCAAUGAGUGAAACCACUACAGCUCUAAGUUCGGCGGUGGGAAAUACCACUUCAUCAGGAACCACGGACACUGCUACGUUGUCGACCGUGCCCACCAGCGCAGGUUACGGGGUUACGAACGGCAGUGUGUUUGAUGCUGGGGGGCCGAAGACUUCAGCAGAUUAUUCACUUCGACCUGCGGAACGGACCAAGAGUCAUGCCACAAUUGGUGACUUGCACGUGCCUGGGGAGUUCCCUGGAACCCCCGCUCUCAAUGAGGAGGUGAAAUUAUAUCAAGAUGCAGUCCAACACUGA